AUGCGUACCUCUCCAGCAUGCGUUGCCGUUGUUGUGUUGGGCCGCUAUUCCCAUCGGCCUGCUGUCCCAUUGCCUCUUGUCGCUCCUUCUUUUUUGUUGGUUUUAUUUGUGCCGUUCAGCUGCUCUGCACAUGUAAACGCUCACACACCCAGACAUGCCAAUGCCACUGAUCCAGCGGAGCGGCGUGAACUCCUGAAGACGCGCACGCAGAGGAUUGUGGUGGCGGCGCCCUCGCCAACGUGCCUGUGGCGCUCAAGUCGUGAUGGUUCGGCUGCAAGAACGAGGCGGCGGCGUACUGCAGCUCGUGUGGCAGCUGAUCCGCGCUGCAGAUGGAAGAGAGCUGCGACAU